UGCAAGCAGCUGACUUCAACGCGGUUGUGUUUUGUUUUGAUUGCACAUUUGUUUGAGCCGCAUUAUCAGCAGGUAAAAAGCAUCCUGUUAUUAAGAAUCGAAGAGUGGCAGGAACCAUGUCCGCGGACUACUCGCACCUGAGCUCCGCCAUCCUGGAGCAGUGCUUCGGCAAGGUGGUGCAGGCGGUGUCCGACUGCCUCUUCUCGGCCACCACGCGGACUCUGGGACAGAUCACCAGUGCUACCAAGUUCUCGCGCAAGGAGGUGGCCCUCGCACUGGCGGUGCUCGUCAAGUACCGACUGGUGGACUUCGCCGCCUCCAAACAGAAUCCCUUCCUGGCCGAGUACGCCCUCCGACGCGAGGAUGUGCUCUGCCUCCUGCGCUAUCCACGCUACGUUCAUCUGGUGCAAACAAAGUACGGAAAUGUGGGUGCUUCCAUCGCCGAGGAGCUCAUCAACUCGGGAUCGGAUACUGCCAGCGGAAUUUUGAUCAAGUGCCUGGCAGAGGGCGAGAACAAGGCGGAAAGCCCGGAAUCAUAUCGCAAUACCUUCCUGCAAAUGAUAACCGAUCAUUACAUAAUUAAAAGACCAGAGCUGUUAGUGGGCGACGACCAGGAUGAAAGUGUGCCAAAAUUCGAGAGCAACGAAUGCGACUUUUUCAGGCAUCCCAACAUUGAUCUUCAGCUGCUAGCCAAAAUACGAAAGGGCGAUGCCACAUUGGAGGAGGCCAAGGACAACACAACGGUGUGGAACCUAAACUACGAUCGCUUUCAUCAGGACUUUCGGGACACCAUUAUGGUAGACGCCAUUGAGCGAAAACUGGGCGAAAAUGCUGCAGAAUGCUUUCGGUUUAUUCUGAAGAUAAUGUACAACACAACUGAUCCGUGGCAGAGAAAACUUUCCAACCAAAUCACUUUUGUGGAAAUAAAACAGGCAAUCGAAAGGAAAUCCAAUAACCUGGAUCUUAUGAAGUAUUUGGAUCAGUACAUAAGUUUGUUGACUGACGACUCACUGGGAUUUUUUCGGAGAGUUGGCGACAUGGGUGGCGGAGUGUACGUUGUGGAUAUGGAACAUGCCUUUGAGUCGCUUGCCUUUGCUUGUGUCGAGUCCGUAAUUACCGAACGCUUUGGCUCGAAGGCAGCCCGCAUAUUCCGAGUGAUUCGAUGCAAGAAGUACAUAGAACAGGAAGACCUACAGAAAGAGGCCAUGAUUCCCUCGAAAGAGGCAAAGUCUUUGGCCUACAAUUUGUUCCAGGAACAGUUUAUACAUGUGAAGAUUAUUAAGAAGCCUGGCGGAGGCAGCAAUGGUCCCGCAAAAGCAUUUUAUCUCUUCCAAGUCAAGGAAAAAGAUACGGUGAGAAUGUUGUUGGAUGCCAGCUACAAGUCCCUUUAUAACACCAUAGAGCGAUCAAACUUUGAGAAAAAUGAGCACAAGGGGCUCAUUGAAAAGUCCCAAAGGCUGGACAGCAUAGUUGAAACCAUGAAGGAACGCGGCGAGACUGACGAAUAUAUCGCAGAGAUUGUGGAAACCUUCACUCCACCCGAGUGUGAGAUCCUAAAUAAGGUAAAGAAUCGGAUAAAGACCUUGUCGAAGGCCGAACUGACUCUGGAUGAUACAAUCUUCCUUUUGCAAAUGUAUCAGCAUCAUUGCACAUCGCUGCCAACGGGCAUUCGCAAAUUUAAAUAAAAGGUACUUUUAGGGCAA